AUGUCCACGGUAAUGGGCUUGAAGCGUAACAAAAGCAUACAGGGCCUUACCGCGUUACUAAACAGUCUACAAAGAGUCAUAUCGAACAGACCCGAGGCGGUGGAAGGUCUAUACUGGCUUGCCAUCUGGUCCGUGGACGGCUCACUGGAAAAUGAGAGCUUUAACGACGUCUUGCAACGACUAGUUGUACCUCGAAUCCUGAAAGACGAAGGUGCCAGUCUGUUGUGGAAGCUGCGAAACGCUAGUCCCGCCGCUCGAGGUGGCAACCAAGUCAACGGCCAUACACCUCAGCAUGGCGGACCUUGUGCGCUGGCAGUACGUCUUCGAGACGUUGAGAUGACUUGGACUUCACGGGCACUGCAAAGACUUGCUCUGGGACGGCGAGACGGAGAUCAGCCCCGAGUCUUCGGCACUGAAGUCAGGACCUACGAGCUCGUUCAGCGGUAUGAGGGACAGCGAGGACCCAAAGCACGAGGUACCUGCGUGGUAGCAGUUCUCCUAGAGCCUGCACCCGGCCAGGAGAGCGAUGUAGAUUCCUGGUAUCGACGUGAGCAUCUAGCAAAGAUUGCCGCCACGCCAGUGCACAUACGCACGACUCGCUACAGGCUCCGUACCGGACUGGUCCAUGGAGCCAACGAUGGAGGGCCAACGAUGCUCGCGCUUCACGAAUGCGUGAGUGCGCAAGUAUUACUGGACUAUGCGAUCCAGCAUGGUCAUAUCGUCAAGGAGACGCCGUGGUCGAAGCGUGUUUUCGAGAAUGCACAGUCUGUCGAGCGCACGAUCUGGGACGUCACUGGAAAGUACCAACAAUGCGACGCGAAACUCGAUAAGCUUCCUCCAGCGGUCUAUGCGAACCAAGCAAAGGUCAAAUCGGCAAAGGUCCUCGACUUCAACGCCACCAACAAUAUUCGUCCCGUGCAAACACAAGCAAAUAUCAUCGGUGGAAGGUUUUUGCACAAAUAG